AUGGCGCUUGCGACACGCACUACAGGAUACCUUGGAGAAGGCCUUUACCGCGAUGUUCCGAUUGUCAACCCGGGCAAGCGUUCGUUCUGGUCCAAAUCAGAUUACGUGACUAAGAGUCUGAUGGAAAGCGCACGAAGCCAUUAUCCAGACAAGCCGUUUCGCAUCGCUACAGAUGUCGGUGAAGUGCUCGUCCUUCCACCAAAUUGCGCAGACGAACUUCGAAACCAUCCAAAUCUGGACCUUGGUCGAGUGAUGGAAGUGGACUUCCAUGGACACAUCAAAGGGUUCGAACUCACAAGUUUGAAGGGCUCCAACACGCAUCUAGUGUCCUCCAUAACACGAAACCAAUUGACUAGAUUGCUGCCCUCGCUUACGCCAAUUUUAUCUGAUGAAGCAACUCACGCAAUCGACAGUAAUAUUCAAGCAGGGGGUGACUGGACUAAAAUCCAACUUAAACCCAUUGUGUUGGAUAUUGUCGCUCGAGUGUCUUCUCGUAUCUUCCUUGGGCAAGAGCUUUGUCGAGACGAGAAAUGGCUCGACAUCACCAAAACAUACACCAUAGAUAUGUUCGUUGCAGCUGCUGAGCUUCGCAGAUGGCCACAAUGGUCACGUCCAUUUAUCCACUGGUUUUUGCCACGGUGCAAAAAGCUGAGGAUGCAGUUCUUAUCUGCCCGGAGAGUUCUCAGUGAAGCUGUUCGGAAACGGCAAGAAUUCGUCCAAACCAACAAAACCAAGGGAUCGGCGGCUCAAGGUUUCGAUGACGCUAUUGAAUGGGCCAGAGAUCAAUCGAAAGCGAUGAAAAGCCCUAUCGACGAGGCAAAGUUCCAGCUGACCAUGUCGGUUGCAGCGAUGCACACAACUUCGGAUCUAUUGACGCAGGUGAUUAUUGACCUUGCACAGCAUCCUGAGGUUAUCAAAGCCCUUCGCAAAGAGACUUCCGAGUGCUUACGUCGGGAUGGUUGGACGAAAUCUGCACUUUACAAUAUGAAGCUCUUAGACAGCACGAUUAAAGAAACUCAGAGGCUAAAGCCUGCCAGCAUCGCUCAGCUGGUAUCCACAAGUUCUGAUCAUCUUGCAUUCGGUCACGGUCAGCACGUGUGUCCUGGCAGAUUCUUCGCCGCAGCGGAGAUCAAGAUUAUCAUGUGCCACCUAUUGUCGCGUUUCGACUGGAAGUUGGAGCCGGGCACUGCGGUCAAGCCUUUCAUGGUGGGAUUUUCUGCGGCUGCCAGUCCUUUUGCUGAGGUAUUGUUCAGAAAAGCGGGAACUGGCCUCGACACUGGCAUUGCAAAGUAA